UGCCGGCGCGGAGAGAUGACGGACAAGAGGGACACAUCAGUUCUAGUGCAAAGGAUAGAAGGAAUCCGGGGGAUGCUUUGAAUGGCUCCGUAUAGCAAGACAACACGGUGAAACAUGAACUAAAGCGGAAAAGGGUUAUUGAGCCUCCUCUUCAUCUCCUCGCCGUUUAUUACACAUUUUUAUGAUUUGGGCGACUGAGUCUUUGCAAUCAUGGGAAGGAGCUACUUCGUGGAGGAAGCGGUUGGACAAUAUUUAUCAGACCUGACUGCUAAAUCAAAGAAACUUAUUACUGGGCUUUUAGUAGGACAGUGUUCCCAGCAAAGAGAUUAUGUUUUGCUGGCCAUUCGAACUCCUGUAAAAGAGGAAGAAAGUAACAGUAGUGUAAACCACCAUACAGACUUGUCUACUAUUGAUGAAGAAUGGAUAGCAGCACAUGCCAUACAAGUAUCAAGAAUGCUUCCCGGAGGACUGCUAGUUGUUGGUGUUUUUAUCAUUUCAGUUCCAGAGCUGGCAAAAGAAACCCAAAAUAUCCUGAGGAAGCUCCUUUUUGCAGUAGAAAAAGCUGUAGCUAGAAAGAGAUUGUGGAACAUGGCGGAAGAAGAUGUCUCGGAAAGAGUGGCGCUUCAUCUUUGUUCAACUACAAAGAAAAUACUUUGUCGUACUUACGAUGUGCAAGAUCCAAAGAGUACAGCUAAGCCAGCCGACUGGAAAUAUCAGAAUGCUCUUUCUGCUUCUUGGAUAUCUUUAGAAUGCACAAUUAAUGUUAAUAUACAUAUUCCUCUCCCUGCCACAUUAGCCAGCCACAACCUAGAAAAAAAUACAAGGAACGGAUUAAAACGUUGGGCUCAACAGAUAGAGGAAGCUGUCUUUUUGAUAAACGGACAAGCCAGAGAGGAAGAUGCUGAUUUACUGGAAGGGCAGAAAAAAUCAAGAGGAUAUAUGCCGUCAGCUACUAGGAAUCUUGAUGUUAGGGUCUUAACACAAUUGGUGCAAAGUACAAACUCCAGAUCAACAGCUACAGUCCAAAUCUGCAGUGGUUCCAUAAAUCUUAAAGGAGCUUUAAAAUGUAAAGCUUACAUCCAUAAUAACAAACCUAAAGUUAAAGAUGCUGUUCAGGCCUUGAAGAGAGACAUAAUAAACACUCUCUCUGAUCGUUGUGAAAUAUUGUUUGAAGAUUUGCUUGCCAAUGAAACACCAGGAAAGAAAAAUUCUGACAACUUACCUUGCCGAGUUUUCGCUCUCAUUGUGGGAUCCAAUGUGUUGCUUUGUGAUUAUAAAUUUGGUUAUGAGACAUCCAGGGAAAUCCAGGAGCGUUUUCUUGAAAUGUUGGAUCAAGCUGUUCAACCAGAUGAUUUGCAUGUUGCUGAGGAAACGAAUACAGUUGAAGUAAGCUUGCCAAAGGAAUUCCAAGAUAAUACACAACCAAAGCGAAUAACAAAAGAAAUGCUACUGUUGAAACUGCAUCAAAAUAUGGGAGUGUUGGUCGCUGUGGCAGUUGCCAUAUCUGCAAUAGCUUUCUCCUUCAACUACUUCAGCGAUUAAGCUUCGGAAAGCGAAAAACGAGCUUCAGAACUCCUGUCACUACAGAUGUACUGUAAGGAUGCAAGCGCCUUGAACUGAAUAGGUUAAGAUAUGUUGUCGUCUAACAACAGCAAUACAUGCCUCUAAAAAAAAGCAAUUAUCUAUUCUCUUCCUUCAUGAAAGUAAUGUAGAUGGAAUACAUUGCUUUUUGGGGAAAAGUGAGAGAACUCACUUUUGUGCCAUUGUCAACGGGCACGCACAAGGGGUUAAUUUUUCAGGGGACAACGGAAGCAUAACACAUCUCUUUUAACGUUCUCCUUCCUUAAUAAAAUGUAUAAAAACCUG